CGCGCGCCUUCCGGAAAGGGCAGCUAAUUACUGCAACGCGCCGGAGCAAGUCCGAUCCGAUGCCUGCCCCUAUUCGUAGGCAUCUCGUAAUAUUCCCUCAGCAUCUUCCCGCCUCCCCGUCCCGGGCCAGUAUAUAGCCCUCGUCAAGACCACUCGAGGCAAACCGCACGCAGGCACGCACGCACGCACACCACUCCGAAAUCCAAUCCAAGAAGAAGGACCGUACGUCGAGAUGGACGGCGUGGUGGUGGUGUUCGACUUCGACAAGACCAUCAUCGACGUCGACAGCGACAACUGGGUCGUCGACGGCCUCGGCGCCACGGAGCUCUUCGACCGCCUCCUGCCCACCAUGCCGUGGAACACCCUCAUCGACACCGUCAUGGGGGAGCUGCACGCGCAGGGCAGGACCCUCCGCGACGUCGCCGACGUGCUCCGUGCCGCGCCCAUCGACCCGCACGUCGUCGCCGCCAUCAGGGCCGCCCACAGCCUCGGCUGCGACCUCCGGGUCCUCAGCGACGCCAACCGCUUCUUCAUCGAGGCCGUCCUCGACCACCACGGCCUCCGGGGCUGCUUCUCCGAGAUCAACACCAACCCCAGCCGCGUCGACGCCGACGGCCGCCUCCGCAUCGCGCCGCACCACGACUUCCACGCCGGCCCGCACGGCUGCGGCCUCGGCACCUGCCCGCCCAACAUGUGCAAGGGCCAGGUGCUCGACCGCAUCCGCGCCUCCGCCGACGCCAGGAAGCGCUUCAUCUACCUCGGCGACGGGCGCGGCGACUACUGCCCGUCGCUGCGGCUCGCCAGGGAGGACUUCAUGAUGCCGCGCAAGGGGUUCCCCGUGUGGGACCUCAUCUGCGAGAACCCGGGCCUGCUCCAGGCCGAGGUGCACCCGUGGAGCGACGGCAAGGACAUGCAGGAGACGCUGCUGCGGCUCAUCAGCCGGGUGCUCGUCGAGGAGAGCACGCUGCUGCCGCUCGACUGCAAGCUCGAGUCGCUGCCGGCGGCCGUCCAGGACGGCAUGCCCAUGCCGCUCGGCGUCAAGAACUGAUCCAUCCGUCCCUGCUGCAUUUACCAUUAAUUUGGGGAUCGAUACCUUAUCUUCUGAUUUGCUUGCUUUGAUAUGCUGGUGUGUAGUAGUACGAGUUUGGGUAGGGCGUCGGUGGAAGCUAAUUAAGGAUUCGGUGUUCGAGCGCCAAUGGCGAACUCGAUAGCAGUAGUAUCUGACUGAUUUGUGCGUGUCGUCCUUGGGCCUCCUGGCAAUGGCGAAGCUCGCUGUAUCCCAUUUAUCUAUCGAUUGACGAAAAGAAUACUUGAGUUGAUGUGACGGAAGUCAAUUUCGGCC